UACUUCCACUAUUUUCGCAGUGACUGAAGUGCUAAUAAGACGAAUUGUUUUAACAGUUCUUGAUCAUGUUUCGUAGAGUUUAUUUACAUUCGCUGCUAUUGUUUGUGAUAGUUGGAUUUUUAAGAUUAAGGUUGUCUGUAAGUCAAGGAGUAGACGAUGGAGAUGCUAAAAUAUAUUAUCCUUCUGACGAAACAAAGUACGAGGGUAGUUUAUGUGAAACAAGUGCGGGAUUGAGGGGUAUAUGCAGGAAGCAUGAAGACUGUCCUGAUGCCACUGAAAAACAAUCAAAAAGUGAUUUGUGCUCGUUCAACAAAAAUAUUCCAGUUUAUUGUUGUGCUUUAGAUUUCGUAAUAAAUGCUGAUGUGAGAUUUGGUGAUGAUGAAAAUAAUGAUGGAAGUGCUGUAGGGAAUACACAAAGAAAGAAAGUUCCACCCAGGCCAGUAGAGCAAAUUUGUAACCGUUACUACUCCGAUGUAAGAGAAGAGGAAAAGAAAAAAUCGAAUGGCGACACAGUCCCAACAACAGCGCAGUCACUAUCAUAUAUGGUUGGCGUUGGUUGGAAAGAUAAAAACGACAAAGUUGACUGGAAUUGUACUGGAGUAGUUUUAACCAAGAAAAUCAUACUGUCCGAUGCUCAGUGCAUUAAAUCGAGAAGUUCUUUGCCGAAUGUGAUUAAAGUAACGACUACAAAUUCACCUAAGAAGCUCUUUAACAUUUCCACCAUUUUCAUCCACCCAGACUUUAAGGCUUCCGAAGUAUAUCAUAAUUUAGCAUUGAUUAAAAUUAACCCAGAUAUCUCGAUAACAAAACUACUCAGACCCGCCUGCUUAUGGCAUCUACCUAAAAUUCCCAACGCCCAGCUUACGAAAUUAGGAUUUUCCGAUCAAGAAAUGAAGCAGGUCCAUGCGAAAAAUAUUUCUCGUCUGGAUAACGAGACUUGCUCGCGGCAACUUGGGAAAAGUCUGGAAUUACCAAGCGGUGUCACAGCAGAAAUAUUUUGUAGUGAUGACAAAGACAAAUGCGAAAAUGACUCCGGAGAAUUUAUUCGCCUGGGCGGUGAUGCAGGCUCCUCUGGCAGACCCUUACUUGUUGGGAUAACUUCUUAUGGGCAAUACUGCAACGAGUCCACCCCCGUUGUUCACACACAAUUAUCGUCUUAUUUGGAUUGGAUUGAGCCCAUACUCAUUAGAGAAGUUUAGUCAAUAAUUAAUUAUAACGAUUAUACUAUGCACCAGAAUAUUUUGAAUAAAAAUUUAUUUCCACUUUUGUAAGAAA